UCCACGAUUCUUCUCUUUCAACGGAGCAAUGGCAGCCGGAGCUCCGACGACCUCAAAUUCCACGACCCCGUUUCUAUCAAAAACGUACAGUUUAGUCGAUGAUCCUUCAACAGACGGAAUAAUUUCAUGGAGUAAAGAUGGAUCCAGUUUCAUAGUAUGGGAUCAAUCCGAAUUCGCUAAAACCCUUCUUCCAAAGUUCUUCAAACACGAAAACUUUUCCAGUUUCGUUCGUCAACUCAACAUCUAUCAAUUUAGAAAGAUAUCGCCUGAUCAAUGGGAAUUUUCGAAUGAGAAUUUCCGGAGAGGGAAGAAAGAUCUUCUCAGUCAGAUUUCACGACGGAAGUCUGUUACAAUGGUUCCUGUAACUCUACCACCGUUGAGUGAAGAAGAACAAGUAAGUAAUUCUUCUGGAUCAUGUAGAUCUAGUUCUGCACCUUCGUCGAUUUCGAUAUCUGUUAAUAAUUCGGAACUGAUUGAAGAAAACGAAAGGUUAAGGAAUGAGAAUUGUAAACUUAAAAGGGAUUUGAGUCAGAUUACAAGUUUAUUUCAAACAAUACAAUCUUUGACUUCGAACUAUGUUGAUAAUCAUCAACAAUUGUCGGGAAAUUGUUCUCCGGCGAUGAAACCGCUGGAUCUGUUGCCGGUGGAGGUGGAAAAAGAAGAAGAAGCGAUUAGUACGAAACUGUUCGGUGUGUGUAUAGCUAGUGUGAAGAGACAGAAGAGAAUUAGUGUCUGCGGUGAAAGAAAAGACAUGUCUUGAUGUCAGGAGUUUUGCAGUUUGAACUGUAAUGUAUAACGUAUGAUAAUGAAAACAAACCGCCAUUAAAGCUGAAGAAAGCAUUUUGUUUUUCUACGGCACCAGGAGAUUGUGCUGCCGGUGGAGGUGAUACCAUUUUUGGAAAUCAGACGGAGAUUGUGAUCGGAAUGUUUCUCCGACGACUCUCGGUUU